UGGUCGACACUGGACACAUUACGUUCUUCCGUCAUAGUGGUGACUUACCUUCUAUAAUCAGGAAAGAACCGGACCAUCGUCUUAGAAAAAUCAAACGCGAAACUAAUACAAAGCCAUUAGAAACGACAUGUCGGGCCAAUCAAUUUACAUACUCGUACUACUCUUCUCUGUCAUAUUUUUAUCGUGCAGCUUUGCUCAUCCUUUUAUCGGACAACGCGAGGACGUUAGACAAAUUUGCGAUGGUUGUGGAUAUCAAUGCGAUAAGUGUAAAUAUGGUUUCACGAUAUCGCCUCUUUGUGGUAUUCCUGUAUGCAAUAGGGGUCCUGGAGAGGUUUGCGGAGGUCCUAGCGAAUCAUGGGGAAUUUGCGGUGACGGUUUGAUAUGUAGUUGCAAUAAGUGCAUUGGUUGCAGCGUAGAAGAACUCGAUUGUUAUUCCCAUACUUGUCCACCCCAUCGUAGUUUGGAAUCACGUAAUUCCGAUGCAUAUUUUCGCUUUCCACCCGCGGCUAAAUAAAUCAAUAAUUAAGGGACAACAAAUCAUCGAUUUGGAUAUUUUAAAGAACGAGAGAGUGCGUAGGAUUAAGAAACGAAAAGCUUGAGAUUAGAAAAAACAAAACAAAACAAAAAAAAAAA